GAGAGGGCAGGAUCUGCUCCUUUUCCCUAGAAAUUGUGGAUGUUUUGGUGUUUCUGCUCCUUUUCCCUAGAAAUGAUGGAUGUUUUGGUGUUUCUGCUCCUUUUCCCUAGAAAUGAUGGAUGUUUUGGUGUUUCUGCUCCUUUUCCCUAGAAAUGAUGGAUGUUUUGGUGUUUUAUGGCAGCUGAGCUCUUUGAGGGGCGAGAAGGGCGGGAGCUGCAGCUCUGCUGGCCCCGUGGAAGUGUGACUGGUAUGGGUAAUGGUGUGAGAGAAGGUCCAGUGGAAUUCCAGAGGGAUGUGGAGCCCGUCACGGCCCGAAUUGCAGCAGAGGAUAACCAGGAGAAGAAGAAAGUGCUGAACUCCCUGAUGUCCGGGGCUCUGGCUGGGGCUGUGGCUAAAACUGCAGUGGCUCCUCUGGACAGGACAAAAAUCAUGUUCCAAGUGUCUUCAAAAAGAUUUUCUGCUAAGGAAGCGUACAGGCUGAUUUAUCACACCUACCUCAACGAGGGCUUCUGGAGCCUCUGGAGAGGGAAUUCCGCCACCAUGGUGCGGGUGAUCCCCUACGCCGCCAUCCAGUUCUGCGCCCACGAGGAGUACAAGCAGAUCCUGGGCAACUACUACGGAUUCCAGGGAAAGGCACUGACACCUUUCCCUCGCUUCAUUGCUGGCUCCCUGGCUGGCACCACGGCUGCCAUGGUCACCUACCCCCUGGACAUGGUCCGUGCCCGCAUGGCUGUCACGCCCAAGGAGAUGUCUGCCCUCCCCGUGUCCCCACGCCAGGUACAGCAGCAUUGUCCACGUCUUCAUCCGGAUAUCCCGGGAGGAAGGGCUGAAAACCUUGUACAGGGGCUUCACACCCACCAUCCUGGGCGUCAUUCCCUACGCUGGCCUCAGCUUCUUCACCUACGAGACGCUGAAGAAAGUGCACGCAGAGCACAGCGGGAGGGCGCAGCCCUCGCCCCCGGAGCGGCUGCUGUUCGGGGCGUGCGCCGGCCUCAUCGGGCAGUCGGCCUCGUACCCGCUGGACGUGGUGCGGCGCCGCAUGCAGACGGCCGGCGUGCUGGGCCACACCUACAGCUCCAUCCUGCUCACCAUGCAGGACAUCGUCCGCGAGGAGGGACUCGUCCGAGGCCUGUACAAAGGGCUCAGCAUGAACUGGGUGAAAGGCCCCAUCGCCGUGGGGAUCAGCUUCACCACCUUCGACCUGACGCAGAUCCUGCUCCGCAAGCUGCAGCACGGCCCCGGCCUCGAGAGGUAGUGGCUUCGUGGCCCAAAGAGCAGUUUGUUCUUCCCUGGCCUCCCACGUGCUCCUGCAGCUGGGAACUCCCCCGUUUGUUGGGGUUGUUUGUUUUUUUUUUUUUUCCUGUUGGUCCCGGAUAUUUUUUUUUUUUUCCCCUUUUUAAUUUGGAAGCCUAACCGUUCCCUAAGUGAAAAAUUCCCGAUCCUGCAGAGCUGAGUCCUCCUCCAAAGCAGCUGCCUCACCCUUCUGGUGGACUCUGCCCCCAGGAGUGGAGCCUCCCCACCCCACCUGUGCUGCUCCUGGCUCCUCACCUGGCUCUCUGUGGGCAGAUGGAAGCGGUGGAUGAUGGAAGAGAAGGCUCGGAGCUCUUGGGAAUGAACCCCUGGAUCUGGGAAGGGGCAGUUUUGUAGCUCCCCACAUUCUGCCAAGUGCAAUAUCCCAGUGUAGUCCGCAGGGAAUUCCAGAUUCCUCUGGGCUGUGAAAGCAGGGCAGAGCAGGCCCAGGACACUACACUUGUUCCGAAAGCUGAAUGUUUCCUCUGGCUGGGAGUGCUGCCCUUUUCCUAUGGAUUUCCCUUGGUUUUGGGUUGAGCUGCCAAUCGAUGUCCCUCGUUUGUGGUGUCCCUCUGAGAUUACCAAAGACUGGAGGCAGCAGAGGAGGGGAGUUCCGAGCCCUUUUAUAAAGGAAAUUUUCCUCUGCGUGCUGUCGGUGUCGCCGAGCAAGGGCUGUGCCUGGAUUCCCAAACUGGGCCCGCUCCAGCUGCAUUUGUGUUUUCCCUCUGUGCUGCCCUGCCCUGGAGAGGCAGCGUUUUCCAGGGCUGCACGCACUGAGGAAGGAGGUGUUCCCUCCUCCAAAGCCCCCUUUGUUUCAUUCAGUGUUGUCGCUGCUCUAUGCACCGUGUGAGAACAAAUCCUGCUGCAGCCCCAACAAAAGCUGUCCCUGGGAGCUGAGCCCAGCUCCUGGGCGUCCUGGUUGUCCUGUUUGGUACCUGCUGUGUAGGUCCUGUCACCCCUGUUCAGUAACUCAUCCCCUCAGCUGCUUUAUCCCUAAAAUUCCCCUUGGAAUUUAAUCCUUGUGGGCACCACAGCGUUGACCCUACAGUGCCAAUCACUUCCAGCUGGGAUUCGACAACGAAUGGUCGAGAAUCUCUCAGUGUUCCUCUUUCCAAUCAGUUUUCAGGGAAAUGGAGAUUGUUUUGUUUUUUUGGUGGAUGAUCAUUCCCUCUGUUAAAUUCAGAGGUCAGAGCAGACUUCAGACUCCUCUGAUGAUCAGAUGACACAAACCAAGGUGGAAAAAUCCCUUUCCAGGGAGUCCAUAAUGUAAGGAAAAAAACAAGAUUUACCUUAAAGCCUGUCCUUUCCUGGUUGUUCUGUACUUGAGCUGUUGUAGCUGGGUGGGAUGAGUGGGAAUGGAAGGAAUUGCACAAGGGGGCAGGAGCAGCCUUCUCCUUUCUUUCUUGUCUUUGCACUUCUCUGGAGCACGAAGCUGCUCCUGAUGCCAAAUAUUUCCUUAGGAAUCAGGGGGUGUGGGAAUGGCACUGGAGUGUUGGCACACAGCUUUUAUUCCCAGCACUGGCAUGGGGCAGACUGGAACUGGGAUUUAACCUCAGGAAUUCUGCCCCUGAGCCCAGCAGGGCGGCACGUUCCCCGAUUUACCUGGGAGUCAAAGAUCCCUGGGGUUUUGGGAGGUGAUGGCCACGAAUUCUGUGUCAUUUUUUUUGGAAAACCCCCAGCUCUGCUUUCCCCUCGCUCAGCACCCCCAUUUCUUUUCUCCAAUGGAGAAGCCAAUUAUCCUGCUCUUGUCCUGAUCCAGAGGGAGGAAUUCCCAGCAGCGUUCAUGUCCCCGUGUCCCGUCCCUUCCUUGUCCCCUCCCAGCUGGGAAAAGAAGGAAUUCCAGCAGCCUGACAAGUCGUUCUUUAAUUAGCAGCUGCACCUGAUUGAAAUUCGGAAUUUCAGCCAAUUUCCCCACAAGUUUUGCAGGCUGGCUGUUCAUCCAGGGGCAGAUCCUUGAAUUCAGCCUGUGAUGGUUUUGGUGCUUUUGUUUCUCUCAGAGAGUGUUGCUGCUUUGGGUUGGUUUAAAAAGCUUUUUUUUUUUUUUUCCACCCCUUUUUCUUUUUUUUUUUUUGAAUGUAGAAAAGGGGAAACAGAGUGUUCCCUUCCCUUCUCUUCUUCCCUGCAUGGAUUCAGACACGUUCCAGAUUUUUUUCUGAGGUGUGCUGGCCAGGAAGAGCUCUGAGAAAGGAAACAACUCAAAACAGGAGUUUUUCCCUUUUUUUCCCUUUUUUUCCUUUCCUGCAAUUCCCUAAUUUUUCAUUUUAUUCCUCUCAAAUUUGAUUUCCCCCUCCCCUUUCUCACGGAUCCUUAAAGCAUCACCACCAAAUUUGUGCUUUUUGGUUUUCUUUUCCUCUCCCUCCUCCUGCUUCUUCCUGCACCUUGAGCCCCGCACUGGCACUUCGAGAAAAGUCCAGGUCCAAAAAAAAAUGCACCCAAAACGUCAAAAUUGCAGCUUUUUAGCAUUUUUCAAAGAGCCCGACCACGUUUUCCCCUCACAGCCUGGAUGCUCCAGGAAUUCCAGGCACCCUGGGAUGGUUUUGGGGAACUUUCCUGAGCUCCUUGGCCAGGUUGGCAUCUUCACUUUGUACCUUCCAGGGGCUGAUUUCCCCCUUUUUUUGUCCCUUUUUCUCUUUUAUUUUCCCUUUCCCCCUGCUUGCUUUCCCCAUUUCUUUUCCCCCUUUCUUUCCCCCCCCAGUUUCCCCCCCUUUUCUCCUUUUCUUUUUUCCCCUUUUUUUUCCCUUUCCCCUUUUUUUCCCUUCCCCCCUUUUUUUCCCUUUCCCCUUUUUUUUCCCUUUCCCCUUUUUUUCCCCUUUCCCUUUUUUUUCCCCUUUCCCCUUUUUUUUUUCCCCUUUCCCCUUUUUUUUUUCCCCUUUCCCUUUUUUUUCCCCUUUCCCUUUUUUUCCCCUUUCCCUUUUUUUUCCUUUCCCCUUUUUUUUUUCCCUUUCCCCUUUUUUUUUUCCCUUUCCCCUUUUUUUUUCCUUUCCCCUUUUUUUUUCCUUUCCCCUUUUUUUUUCCCUUUCCCCUUUUUUUUUCCCCUUUCCCUUUUUUUUUUUCCUUUCCCUUUUUUUCCCUUUCCCCUUUUUUUCCCCUUUCCCUUUUUUUUCCCCUUUCCCCUUUUUUUCCCCUUUCCCUUUUUUUCCCUUCCCCCUUUUUUUUUUCCUUUCCUCUCUUUUUCCUCUCCCCUUCCUUUCCCUUUUCCCUCUUUCCCCCUCUCCUUUUUCCCCCUUUUCCCCCCUUUUUUUCCAUGUUUCCCCCCAAAACCACCACGAGCUGCAGGGUGUCCCAGCACCAGUCACUGCCUGUGUGUUCUAUGCAUCUCUUAAUUAGCACAAGCACUGUUAAUUGCCUUUUCCCCUGCCCUCACCAUCGAUGUGUGCGUGUCGAUUUUGACGGCUUUUCUUGGAUCUGGAUUCUAUUUUAUUGCAGUGAAGACACUUUGUUAUAUAAUGUUUAUAUAUUUUAAGAUUUGUGCCAAGAGAGGAUGUAUAUUUAAUAAAAAAUAUGAUUGACUUCGGGGUUCUCUCUGGUUCU